CAUUAUUAACAAAUUGUACAAUAAACUUUACCAAACAUAAUUAAUUUAAAAAAACGUUGACAAUUUAUUUUUUUAUUUAUUAAAGUUAAAUUAAAAGUCACAACAAAAGUGCAACGUGUUUACAAACAGUACUAAUCCACCCCCUCAAAGUCAACAAACAAUUUGACAUCAUAACCUAUAAAAACAUAUAAAUAAAUAAACAAGCAUCAAUUUUAUUAAAUAAAAAUAAUAAACUAAAAUAAUUGUUAUUACAUAAAAAUUAUAAACUAAUAAUACAAUUAAAAUAAAUUAAAAUGGCUGGUGAAGUUGUAGUUGAUGCACUGCCUUAUAUUGAUCAAGGAUAUGAUGAACCAGGAGUUCGAGAAGCUGCACUGGCUAUGGUUGAGGAAGAAACUCGUCGUUACAGACCAACAAAAAAUUAUCUAGAACAUUUACCUCCACUAAAUGUAUUGGCAUUUGAAACAGAUGUUAUUAAACAUGAAUUUGAAAGAAUGCAAAAUCGUUUACCAAUAGAAGUUUUGAGUAUGAAAAGAUAUGAGCUACCACCACCACCACCUGGUAAAAUGAAUGAUUUAUCAGCUUGGAGUGAAAGUAUUGACAAUAGUUCAGCUCAAUUAGCCCACCAAGAAACUAGAAUUUGUAAUUUGGAAUUAAUGAUGGAGUAUGGUUGUGAAGCUUGGAAAGCACAUCUUGAAGUACUAAAUCACAUGGUUGGACAAGUACAAAAACAAUUACAAAUAUUAAAAAAACAAAUUCAAGAAGUUAAUUGGGGAAGAAAAUCAAUGCAAACACAAGGUGGUGAAAAAUUAAGAGCACUUGAAGCACAAUGGGUUGGUUUAGUAUCAAAAAAUUAUGAAAUUGAACAAGCACUUGUACAUCUUGAAGAAGAAAUUAAUAAAUUAAAAGUUCAACGAAGUGAAGAUGCUGAAGUUAAUGAUGUACCUGGAGUUGAACAAGAACCAGGUGUACCAGAAAUAAGUGCUAGUGAUACAGCAUCAUCCAUGGAAGUUGAUGAUAAUAUUGAACAAGUUGCUGAUCCUCAAAUUAAUGACCAAAAUUAAUUUAAAUAAUAAAUUUAUCAUCUGAUUUUUCAAAUUGA